UCUAAAUCAUGCCGCCCUAAUUCCGAUCACACUUGAAUCAGCCAAGUCUCCUCCAACCCAAUCACUAUGCAAUCCCUCCUCCGAUGGAGCGUAGAAAACUCUACCCCAAGCACCGGCCCCCCACCCACAACAACUACCAAUAAGCUCGAUCCCGGAAUCAUCGAUCACAUCCUCGGUAAACCAGACGCCCAACUCAUGAGAGAAGCUCUCAUAAUAGGUGUCGAUGAACGGCAGACUGAAGAUGAUAGAUUGCAGGCGCUUGAUGAUCUCGAGAUGCUAGUUCAGAAUAUCGAUAAUGCAAAUGACCUGGAGAAACUAGGGCUAUGGCAACCCCUACACAACCUCCUCCUAGCAUCCGAUACAACAGACACCCUCAAAAUGCAAACGCUUUGGAUUAUCGGAACCGCGCUACAAAACAACCCAGCUGCUCAACUCGCCUAUCUCGACCUCGACCCUCUCCCUACACUGCUCAAAUCCCUCUCCCCCACAUCCAAUUCCGCUGAGACUCGCUCACGAGCCCUAUAUGCGCUUUCGGGGCUAUUGAAACUGAACGCUGCUGCUGUGCAACAGAUGGGUGCGGUGGGUGGAUGGAACGCGUUGAGGAUAUGUUUAGAAGACUCAGAAAUUCGCGUCCGCAGAAAAACAACGUUUCUACUCAACACACUCCUCCUCCCAACAUCCUCCUCACAGGUUAACCUCCAGCCAAACAUAAACCUCCCCACCUCAGAAACCGCACCGCCCCAAAUCCACGCAAAUUCCCAUGCUUCGAUGCUCUCUGAUCCGUCGUCCGUCUCAACGUCUGCUCUCACGCUCGCUGCAAUUCAAAAGGAGGGAGAGGAGGGAUCCUUGUCUUUGCUCGAUGCGUUGAUAUCAGCCUUGAUCGAACCUGUCCCGUUCGGUGUUGAUGGUGAGGUGGAAAAGGAUGAGGAAUUUCAGGAGAAUGUUGUUAGGAUUUUAUAUACAUUCGCAACAAGCUGCAACGGUGCUUUCUCAGAUGUGCAGAAACGCAGUCUUUCGGGGUUCUUAGGAGGGAUUACUACGACGCAAGGAGAGGAGUCGAACUUUGGGUUGACGAAUGGGGAGUGGGAGGAGUUGAGUGGGGCUGUGAGGUCGUAGUGCGAUUCGGUAGAGGAUGCGACGAAAUAGCAUUUGAUUUGAUUUGAUUUGUUUUAACACCACACCACACUAAUGUUGAUGAAUCCUGAUAUUAGAUGAUCGUUCGUUUGUGAUAACACCAUUUUCGUAUUUA